AUGGCACUUGCACAACAACCCACCGUAGAAGACCGGAGCUCUUCGGAUACAUCAGCAUCAUCGCUGAGAAGCCCUCGAACAGCUCGCUUCGUGGAAGCAACGACAGUCCAAUCCCCAACUGGCCCCACAGAGACCAGGAAGUCACCGUUCGCAGACCCUCCUCAUCAGCCUCAGACCCCGCUUGAUGUGUCUGACGUAGGCUUCGGAUACGUCGCUGCAAAUGACCCCGUGCAGCACGUACCACACCAUCAACUACCAACUUCACCACUCAAAAGUGCUCUUAAAAUCCCAGGGACUCCUGGGCGCACACUGAAUCCACUUAGCCCUACGUUUCGUGAGGAAUUCUAUGUGGAGAAGGAAGAAAAGUCUGCAGAAAAGGAGAACGCGAGAGACCUGCGAAUUAAACUUCGCGUUCGGGUUGCCAAAAUGUUUUUGCGUUUCGUGAACUUCGGCUGCAGUUUAAUUGUUGUCACAAUAUUAUCGUUGACUCUGUUCGUAUUCCAUUCCACCAAAUCAUUGCCUUCUAGGGGUGGCUUUCCCGCCUGGGCAAAUGGCACCAAUCCGUGGACGCAAUAUUUGCUCCUAUCAGUAGCAUGUGUCUCGUUAUUUGCUUGCCUUAUUGUGUUUUGGGGCUAUUGGAAAGGCGGCCACAAGCGGGCUGAAAAGCUUACCGUUUACUAUCAGACAAUUGCAGUGUGCUUCUUCAUUUUCAGUCUUAUCAUGUGGAUCAUCGCGGCGGCGCUCUACCAGAAUGAAAAAGCCAAUGGAAAUAGCCAGGAUCUUUGGGGCUGGUCUUGUAAGAAGAAUACAAGAGAAACUCUGUUCCACAACGAUAUCGACUACGCCCUCCUUUGUCGCCUGCAGGACUGGGGCCUGGUGUGCGCUAUCAUUGAGGUUGUCCUUGAAGUGCUGGCCAUCCUUAUAUAUGCGGUUGUUUUCUAUCGGUUCUGGACUAAAAGACGGCUUAUGAAGUCAAUGGACCGCCGUGACAAGGCAAGGUCUGAUCUGUACCUUGCUCAGCUCCGUCUCCAGUCCGCGCCCAAUACCCCUGGAUUCCCUCUUGCUCAAAAGGCGCCUAUGGUAUCUACUACUGUUUCACAAGACCCUUAUUCAAUAGCCGAGAAUGGCGAGUCAUGCUCGACUCAGUUCGCCACGCCUCGGUCUCCAACAAAACCUCAACCCGCCUUUCAGUUGCAAGCGCCUCCCAUCCGUGUACAACAAGCAACCCCUAAAACAGAACAGAGGGAGUUUUUUGCCCCUAACUCGGCUCCCACUGCUUCUAUCCCGGCUCCCAAUAUUAACCAACACAUGGUUGCUGCUCCAGGCGAACGGGCCUACGAUGCUGUCCCAAUUCCAAUGGCCUAUUCGAGUCCGAUGUCGCCCAAUUUCCCUCAAGGUCCUCGUUAA